AUGACGAGUUCAUUAAUACAAUUGUUGGCGUUUGAUAAACUUAUUGGGAAUAAUUAUGCCACCUGGAAAACAAACCUGAAUACUAUACUAGUGAUAGAUGAUCUUCAGUUCAUUCUAACAGAGGAGUGUCCUCCCAUUCCUAGCUCAAAUGCAAAUCGAACUGUUCGGGAUGCAUACAACAGAUGGAUCAGGGUUAAUGACAAAGUCCAUGCCUAUAUCCUUGCCAACAUAUCUGAUGUCUUGGCAAAGAAACAUGAGAGUAUGGGUACUACCAAAAAGAUUAUGGAAUUUCUCCGUGGGAUGUUUGGACAACCAUCCUUCUCCCUGAGGCAUGAUUCUAUCAAGUACAUUUACAACUGCAGUAUGAAAGAAGGGGCCUCUGUUAGAGAACAUGUCCUGAACAUGAUGGUACAUUUCAAUGUGGCAGAAGUAAAUGAGGUUGUCGUUGACGAGAAGAGUCAAAUUGGUUUUAUUCUAGAAUCUCUUCCGAAGAGUUUUCUACAGUUUUGCACAAACGCGCUUAUGAAUAAAAUAGAAUAUAACUUGACUACUCUUCUAAAUGAGCUAUAG